UAAUGCCGCAGUCUCACGCGCCAGCAGCCGUUAAUGAUGAAGUGCUGAAGUUCUGCUAGUUUAAGCAGCGGUCAGUGUGAAGAGCAGGUUAAGAAGCGGCAGCGUGAUGGAGCUGCAGCGUGGAGCUGCGUGGGUUCUCCGUGUCAGGCCACUCCGUGUCCUCCAGCGCCAUGUGCGAGUCUGCUCGUCCUCCAGCUACAGAGCUGUUGUGUUCGACAUGUUCGGGGUGCUGAUCCCUUCACCUCUCCCUACAGCCACAGAAUGGGAAGAUGAGAAUGGAGUCCCUCGUGGCACGAUAGGCCGAGCUAUACGGGCAGGGGGCAACAACAACUCCUGGAGGAAAUACAUGAGAGGAGAGCUGGGGGCAGAGGAGUUUGUGGAAGCCUUUAGUCGGGACUGCAGUCGAAUUGCUGGUUUCCAGCUCCAUAUUGGCUCUUUCCAUUCUGCGCUGACCAGCGACUCCAUGUCCCGGCCUGUGACCGCUGUAACCGAUGCUGUGCGGUGUGUUCGUGCCGAGGGCUUCAAGACCGCUGUUCUCAGCAACAACUUCCUGUUGCCUGGGGGAAAGUCCUACCUCCCAGUGGACACCUCUCUCUUCGAUAUUGUAGUGGAGUCCUGCAGAGUGGGGUUAUGUAAGCCAGAUGUGAGGAUCUAUCAGCUGUGUGCUGAAAGACUGCUGGUGUCGCCUCAUGAAGUAGUGUUUCUGGAUGAUCUGAGUUUCAAUGUGGAGGCUGCAGUACAAUUAGGAAUGCAUGGCAUCACGGUUAAAGAUCCUGGAUUGGCUGUGAAGGAGCUGGAGCAGGUGCUAAAGAUCCCGUUGUCUGGCUAUAGUGCUGGAACUCGCUCUGAUUGGCAGCUCCCUAUGAAACAGCUGACCCACUAUCUCAAGAAGACUACUCCGCUCCCACUGACCGACCACCAUGUAAAGCAGAGUUAUCUGACUGAUUCUACGUUCCUGUUGAGCUCUGCACAGCAUCAGUUUGUCCUGAGGAAGAAACCAACUACUGAAGCUCUGCAGAAGGAAUGCAGACUUCUCAAGGCCCUUAAAGAGGCCAAAGUCCCUGUGCCGAGUGUUCUUGUCCAGGACGAGACGUCCAGCAAUCCUCUAGGAGCUCCAUUUUACUUGACAAGUCACUGCCCGGGUCGAGUGUUUAAUGACCACUCUGUACCAGGAGAGGGUCCUCAUGGGAAGAGAUGUGUAUAUGAGGCUAUGAUGAGAACCCUCUGCCAGAUACACAGAGUUGAUCUGAAAACUGCAGGUCUAGAGAACCGUAGCGAUCCAGGUGACUUCAUUGAAUCUCAGGUGAAAAUGUGGGCAGAAGAGUUCAAGGAAAAUGAGAUCCAGCCCGUUCCUGCCAUGGACAGACUGAUGGACUGGCUGCUGAUGCAUCUCCCUAAACAUCAGAGACGCACACUGAUCCAUGGAAGCUUCAGCCUGAACAAGUUGGUGUUUGACUCCGAGACUCCAGAUGUGAGGGCAGUAUUGGGCUGGAGUCUUUCUACUGUAGGAGACCCACUUGUGGAUGUGGCUUCCUGUUGUAUGUCCCUCUCCUUUCCCCCUACUGCUUCUAGACAACCAGGGAAGAAGUUUGUUCAGAUGGAUAUUCCAAGUCCAAAGGAAAUGUUUGAGCUGUAUGGCAAAGAAAUGGGAUUGGAGGACAUUCCAAACUGGCAGUUCUACAUGGCUUUCUGCUUCUUCCGCCAGGCUGCUAUCUUACAGACGAAAUAUAAAACAUCACUUACAGGCACUACAAAGACAAGUGAAGUAGAAGACAUUGCACACCUGGCGUGGGAUUUUGCGACUAAGGAAGGAUUCCGUAUCUUUAAAGCUUUGCCUGGAGAAGCCAGCCUUUGAGGAAAUGAUGCACACAACAAUACUUCUAAAUCAAAAGGCAGGCCGAGAAAACUGUUGAGUGCUUCACAGUGCUUUAAAAUCAGGGAGGUAUCAGUUGGUUUGUGUACUAACCAUGAGGUCAGGGUUGCACAGUGUAGCCAAGGUUCAGUAAUCAUUUUGUCUAGAGACAGAGAUCCUCUUGCUGCAUCACUGUCGAGCACCAAAUAGUGACCUGUUUUUAUACAUGGCCUUUAUUUUUGUAAUUUUUGUCUUUUAAUUGUCAUGUUUUUUUGUGUAAAAUAAAAUGGUUUCUUUAUAUUAGUUACCAUAAAGGUUUAUAAGAGUAUAUUAUGUUUGUAAUAUAUUCACCACCCCAAUCCCCAGAUAGAGCUCGCUAUGGAUCUGCCCCAGCACCUUUCAUUAGUGUUCAGGUAUAAAGACAAAAUUAAGGAAAUGGCUUUAAAUAAAUUGCAGUGUCACUUUAAAAAUAGUCAUAACUCAUCCAUAAAGACCUUAAUCUGUCAUUACUCAACACUGCCGUGCCAACAUCCACCCAGCUUGUGUUUGACAGUCUGAAGGUCAGCUACAGUAUUGUAGCCUGAUAAACUCUUAACAAGGUAUAAUCAUGCUUGUAAAACUGUAUUAUUACACUAAUGUUCUUUGCUUUUAGUGUGUUAAUGCGUUUCAGUGACAAAAAUAUAAAACACUCCUGAUUUUAA